AUGGCUUCCAUCCCCAUCCCCAACGACUUUAACAAGUGCCUCUACACGCCCCUCGCAGAGGCAGACCCCGAGAUCCAGGCGCUCGUCGACCGCGAGACCUACCGCCAGUUCCGCGGCCUCGAGCUGAUCGCGUCCGAGAACCUCACCUCGCUCGCGGUCAUGCAGGCCAACGGCUCGGUCUUCACCAACAAGUACUCGGAGGGUCUCCCGGGCGCUCGCUACUACGGCGGCAACGAGGUCGUCGACGAACUCGAGGUGUUGUGCCAGAAGCGCGCGCUCGAGGCGUUCCACCUCGACGGCGCCAGGUGGGGCGUCAACGUCCAGCCUUACUCGGGCUCGACCGCCAACUUUGCCGCCUUCACCGCGCUCAUCCAGCCUCAGGACCGCAUCAUGGGCCUCAACCUCGCCGACGGCGGACACUUGACGCACGGCGCGUACACCCCGAAGCGCAAGAUCUCGGCCUCGUCCAUCUACUUCCAGCCCCUCCCGUACCAGGUCGACCACUCCACCGGCAUCAUCGACUACGACGCCCUCGAGAAGAACGCCACCCUCUUCAAGCCGCGCAUCCUCAUCUGCGGAGCAUCGGCUUACCCUAGGGACUGGGACUACGCGAGGCUCCGCAAGAUUGCCGACAUCAACGGCUCUUACCUCAUGAUGGACAUGGCCCACAUCUCGGGUCUCGUUGCCGCCCAGGUCCAGAACGACCCCUUCGAGCACUGCGACGUCGUCUGCACCACCACCCACAAGACCCUCCGUGGACCUCGUGCCGGUCUCAUCUUCUUCCGCAAGGACAAGGAGGCCGACCUCGAGAAGCGCAUCAACGACGCCGUCUUCCCCGCGUGCCAGGGCGGUCCCCACAACAACACCAUCGCCGCUGUCGCCGUCGCGCUCAAGCAGGCCGCCACGCCCGAGUUCAAGGAGUACUCGACGCAGAUCAUCAAGAACACGCGCACGAUUGCCGAGGAGCUCGUCAAGCACGACUACAAGCUCCAGACCGAGGGUUCCGACAACCACCUCGUCCUUUGGGACUUGCGCCCUCUCGGCCUCACUGGCUCCAAGAUUGAGAAGCUCUGCGACCUCGCCGAGAUCACGCUCAACAAGAACAGCGUACCGGGCGACAAGUCUGCCGCGACUCCUGGCGGUGUCCGAAUCGGGUCGAACGCCUUGACGUCGCGCUCGAUGAAGGAGGGCGAGAUGCGCCAGGUCGCCGACUUCCUCCACCGCGCAGUCCAGAUCGCCCUCGCGGCGCAGAAGGAGGCCGGCUCGAAGCUCAUCAAGGACUUUGAGCGCGUCCUCAAGGGCGACGGAGAGGCUGCCAAGCAGCUCAAGCAGCUCUCGGAGGACGUCCAGGCUUUCGCGACCAAGUUCCCUCUUCCCGGCGUUCCCGACUCGUCGACCAUCAAGAAGACCCACUAA